CAGGUGCGCGUGGGAUGCGCUUGCGACUGGUUGGCCACGGGACAGUUGGGCGAGAUCGACUUGUUGCUGAUGGACCACCGUGGCACCAUCUACCACGAGGACCUGCACGCGGCGGAGCCUUACCUCGCGCCCAACGGCCGCGCGCUCGUGGACAAUGUGCUGUAUCCUGGCGCUCCGUUGUUCUUGCACUACAUCGACGUCAUGGGGUACGACAUCCAGAUCCACGAGCUCAAGGAGUUCCUCAGGGUGGAUCUUGACGACUGGGUGGUGAUCUGCCGCCCGACGAAGCGGGGCCAGCCCAUGCCGACCGAGUACCCCGCGGAGUUCCGCCGCCUCUCGGCGGAGGUCGACGCGAUCUCGUGGCGCAGCCAGAACGAGCCGGUGGAUUGGCUCGCCUGGCAAGAUGUUAUCAAGCCAGCCUUCUACAAGUGGAAGGAGGAGAAGGGCCUCUGAGGUUUGGCUUGUAGCCGCGGCAGCGUUGCAUCAAUAGUUCCUCAGCAUGCGAAUUUCUUUACGCGGGCCAGACUGAUAAGAAGAUGUAUAUGGUGGUCCUUGCGAGCCGGCGUCUGUUACUUCGCACGCGCGUGCGUUUGGUAUUUUGUUCCACGUUUGGGUUUGUAUAUAUAUAUAUAUUGCGCGGGAGCGGGC